UAAUCCUUCCUUUUUUGGUUUGGAAGAAACAAGACAAUUGUAGUGUAGUGGUUCUGGUGUUGUUGGAGGGUCGAGAAGACAUUGUUGACAAAGUCAGUCAGGGUCAAUUUCGGAGUUCUCAUUCUUUCAUUCAUCCAUUGCCGUCUCUUCAAUUCUCCUCUUAACCCACAAAACCAAACCCUCUUUUUAUUUCAAUUUCAACAACAACAACAACUUUUCAAUCGUGAAACAAACCGUUUUUAACAUCAACAUCGUAUCAUGUCUCUCAAACCGUCUAUUUCCUCGGACAAUACGAAGCUUCCUUUGUCGGAUCCUCCCAAAGACCAACCCGACGACGACAAGCUUUUCAAAGGCUCCGCCAUGACCAAACGUGGCGCCUACGCCGCCAUCUCUUACAUGUCCUGCGCUGUUUUAUUGGUGAUGUUCAAUAAGGCAGCUCUUUCAUCGUAUAACUUUCCAUGUGCAAAUGUUAUCACACUUCUUCAGAUGGCUAGUUCGUCUUUUUUUCUUUAUAUGUUGAGGCGCUGGAGAGUAAUUAGUUUUACAGCAAGUGAAUCCUUACUUAUAUCAGAUACUUCAACGAAAUUGGUAUCAUUCAAAACUUUGAAGCACACAUCUCCUUUGGCCGCGACAUAUUUACUUUACAUGCUAGCCACCAUGGAGGCUGUUCGGAGAGUAAAUGUUCCAAUGUAUACGACUUUGAGGAGGACAACAGUGGUAUUUACAAUGCUUGCAGAGUUUGUUUUGGUGAGGCAGAGGUAUACGCGAUCGGUCGUUUUCAGUGUUGGCUUGAUUAUCUUUGGUGCCUUUGUUGCGGGAGCACGAGACUUAUCUUUUGAUGGUUAUGGUUAUGCCGUUGUUUUCGUGGCAAACAUUACUACAGCAAUAUAUCUUGCUACCAUAGCCCGCAUCGGAAAAACUAGCGGUCUUACUAGCUUUGGCCUUAUGUGGUGCAACGGUAUCCUUUGUGGGCCAGUUUUACUCGUCUGGACUUUUAUUAGUGGUGACUUGAAGACGACAAUUGAUUUUCCUUAUCUUUUCUCACCUGGUUUUCUCGUUAUUUUGCUUUUUUCAUGCAUACUGGCAUUCUUCUUGAACUACUGUAUAUUUCUCAACACAACUCUUAAUUCCGCUCUGACACAGACAAUUUGUGGUAAUAUGAAGGAUCUAUUUACAAUUGGCUUUGGCUGGAUAAUUUUUGGCGGGCUACCAUUUGAUUUUUGGAAUGUAGUUGGACAAUUUCUCGGUUUCACCGGAUCGGGUUUAUAUGCUUACUUUAAGCUCAUUGGCAAGUAACUUGUUCAAGUCCUCUAAAUGAACAUGAGGACGGGCGAUGCAUCCGUCGAGGAGGACUAGAGUAUGAGAUGAAUCAGAAUCAAACUCGGUUCUGUGGAACAUGUGAUGGACUAAUCUAAAUAUGUUUAGGAAGUUUUGUUGAAUAGAAGAUGAUGACAGAAACAUUUUCUUAGGAAGCAUUCUAGUUCUGGUGUCAUGGCUUUAGUGUAAUAAAACAAUUGUUGAUGAUGUUGUUGUUCAUCCCUCUAUUUGAAACUGUUAAUAAACACAGUAUUAUUUUAUUAUAAACAAUGGAAGACAGAACAA